GGAUGAAGAGGUGGGUUAGAGCGAAUAAGUUGGGGCUGGCGCCGCCCAUCGAGGUCUUGGCUGUUCUGCUCAAGGAAGAGGAGAAGGAGAAUCAUAAGAUUGAGAGGGCUUAUGUGGAUGAGCUCAUGAGUUCAAAAUUCGUUGUUGGGGAGGCAUAGGGAUUGAGCAAUCCAGGAAGGGAGUGUUGCUUGCUGUGGUGUACAAUACAUGUUUCUGGGCUUGGGGUGUUCUGGAGUUUACAUGAACGGAAAGUAAAGGGCUAGGGGCGUUUGGUGGCUUGGCUUUCACAGCUGCACAUUUAGAAUUAUUGGCAAACAAUACUUGCUUGGAGAAAAUGAAGUGUCUACACAUCACUAGACCACAUUGGCAGAAGGUUGUUCUCUAAGCUCAUUUGAUUGCAUUAAAGGUGUACUACAGGAA